AUGGGGGGCCCGGAAGGCAGGGGUCAAGGCGGCGGUCGCGGUGGGGGCGGGGCGUGGGGCUCGCUUCGGCCGGCCGUGCCCGGGUGGGGCUGGCGGGGACCCGGACCCCGAGUGACCCCGACCCUCCUUGUGUCCACAGAUGGCAUCCACAGUGUCGUCGCGCUCUGCACCCUGCGGGUCACCAUCAUCACGGACGAUAUGCUGACCAACAGCAUCACCGUCCGCCUGGAGAACAUGUCGCAGGAGAAGUUCCUCUCCCCGCUGCUGUCCCUCUUCGUGGAGGGCGUGGCCACGGUGCUGUCUACCACCAAGGACGACGUCUUCGUCUUCAACAUCCAGAACGACACGGACGUCAGCUCCAACAUCCUGAACGUGACCUUCUCGGCCUUGCUCCCCGGCGGCGUCCGGGACAAGUUCUUCCCGUCGGAGGACCUGCAGGAGCAGAUCUACCUGAACCGCACGCUGCUGACGGCCGUGUCCGCCCAGCGCGUGCUGCCCUUCGACGACAACAUCUGCCUGCGGGAGCCCUGCGAGAACUACAUGAAAUGCGUGUCCGUGCUCAAGUUCGACAGCUCGGCGCCCUUCAUCAGCUCCACCACCGUGCUCUUCCGGCCCAUCCACCCCAUCAACGGGCUGCGCUGCCGCUGCCCGCCCGGCUUCACGGGCGACUCCUGCGAGACGGAGAUCGACCUGUGCUACUCCAGCCCCUGCGGCACCCACGGCCGCUGUCGCAGCCGCGAGGGCGGUUACACCUGCGAGUGUCUGCAGGAUUUCACAGGAGAGCACUGCGAGGUGAACUCGCGCUCCGGCCGCUGCGCCAACGGCGUGUGCAAGAACGGGGGCACGUGUGUGAACCUGCUCAUCGGCGGCUUCCACUGCGUGUGCCCCCCCGGCGAGUUCGAGCGGCCCUACUGCGAGGUGACCACCAGGAGCUUCCCGCCCCGGUCCUUCGUCACCUUCCGAGGCCUGAGACAGCGUUUCCACUUCACCGUCUCCCUCGCGUUUGCCACCCAAGAGAGGAACGCCCUGCUGCUCUAUAAUGGCCGCUUCAACGAGAAGCACGACUUCAUCGCCCUGGAGAUUGUGGGCGAACAGGUGCAGCUCACCUUCUCAGCAGGUGAGGCUACCACAACGGUGACCCCGCAGGUCCCGGGGGGCGUGAGUGACGGGCGCUGGCACUCGGUGCAGGUGCAAUAUUACAACAAGCCCAACAUCGGCCGCCUGGGCCUGCCCCACGGGCCAUCUGGAGAGAAGGUGGCCGUGGUGACCGUGGACGACUGUGACACGGCCGUGGCUGUGCGCUUUGGUGGCCUCGUCGGGAACUACAGCUGCGCUGCCCAGGGCACACAGAGCGGCUCCAAGAAGUCCCUGGAUCUGACCGGCCCUCUGCUCCUGGGAGGCGUCCCCAACCUGCCCGAAGACUUCCCCGUGCACAACCGGCAGUUUGUGGGCUGCAUGCGGAACCUGUCCGUGGACGGGAAGAACGUGGACAUGGCCAGCUUCAUUGCCAACAACGGCACCAGGGCAGGUUGUGACGCUCAGAGGAACUUCUGUGAUCGGACGUGGUGUCAGAACGGGGGCACGUGCGUGAGCAGGUGGAACACCUAUGUGUGCGAGUGCCCGCUGCGGUUCGGCGGAAAGAACUGUGAGCAAGUCAUGCCUCACCCCCAGCGCUUCAGCGGGGAGAGCGUCGUGUCCUGGAGCGACCUGGACAUCACCAUCUCCGUGCCCUGGUACCUGGGGCUCAUGUUCCGGACCAGGAAGGAGGACGGCGUGCUGAUGGCGGCCACCGCAGGCAUGGCCUCCAGGCUGCGUCUCCAGAUCCUGAACAACCACGUCCAGUUCGAGGUGUCCCACGGCCCCUCGGACGUGGCAUCCAUGAGGUUGUCCAGGUCACGCGUGACUGACGGGGAGUGGCACCACCUGUUGAUAGAACUGAAGAGCGCCAAGGAAGGCAAAGACAUCAAGUACCUGGCGGUCAUGACCCUGGAUUACGGGAUGGACCAGGACACGGUGCAGAUCGGGAACCAGCUUCCGGGGUUGAAGAUGAGAAGCAUCGUCGUGGGCGGCGUGUCCGAGGAUAAGGUCUCCGUGCACCGCGGUUUCCGGGGCUGCAUACAGGGGGUGAGAAUGGGCGAGACGUCCACCAACAUCGCCACGCUCAACAUGAACGACGCCCUCAAGGUCAGGGUGAAGGACGGCUGUGACGUGGAGGACCCCUGCUCCUCCAGCCCCUGUCCCCCGCACAGCCGCUGCCGUGACGCCUGGGACGCCUACUCCUGCAUCUGUGAUAAAGGGCACUUUGGAAGGAAGUGCGUGGACGUGUGCCACCUGAAUCCCUGCGAGCACGUGUCGGCCUGCGUGCACAGCCCCAGCUCCCCGCGGGGUUACGUGUGCGAGUGUGGAUCCAGCCACUACGGGCAGUACUGCGAGAACAAGAUCGACCUUCCGUGCCCCAAAGGCUGGUGGGGGAACCCCGUGUGUGGACCUUGCCACUGUGCUGUCGGCAAGGGCUUCGAUCCCGACUGCAACAAGACCAACGGACAGUGUCAGUGCAAGGAGAAUUACUACAGGCCCCCGGACCAGGAUGCCUGCCUGCCGUGCGACUGCUUCCCGCACGGCUCCCACAGCCGCGCCUGCGACAUGGACACUGGGCAGUGCGUCUGCAAGUCGGGCGUCAUCGGCCGUCAGUGCAACCGCUGUGACAACCCUUUUGCCGAGGUCACCAUGCUCGGCUGUGAAGUGAUCUACAAUGGGUGUCCCAGAGCAUUCGAGGCCGGCAUCUGGUGGCCGCAGACCAAGUUCGGGCAGCCGGCCGCGGUGCAGUGCCCCAAGGGAUCCACGGGGAAUGCAGUCCGGCACUGCAGUGGGGAGAAGGGCUGGCUGCCCCCGGACCUCUUCAACUGCACCACUGUCUCCUUUGUGGAGCUCAAAGCCAUGAAUGAGAAGCUGAGUCGUAACGAGACGCAGAUGGACGGCGAGCGGUCCCUGUGGCUGGCCAGGGCGCUCCGGAACGCCACACAGCACGCGGGCGCGCUUUUCGGCAACGACGUGCGGACGGCCUACCAGCUGCUGGGCCGCGUGCUGCUGCACGAGAGCGGCCAGCAGGGCUUCGAGCUGGCGGCCACGCGGGACGCCCACUUCCACGAGGACGUGGUCCGCACGGGCAGUGCCCUCCUGGCCCCGGACACCCAGGCCGCGUGGGAGCAGAUCCAGCGGGGCGAGGCGGGCGCCGUGCAGCUGCUGAAGCGCUUCGAGGCCUACUUCGGGAACGUGGCACGAAACGUGCGCAGGACCUACCUGAGGCCCUUCGUCGUCGUCACCGCCAACAUGAUUCUUGCCGUGGACGUCUUCGACACGUUCAACUUCACGGGAGCCAGGGUGCCGCGGUUCGAGGACGUUCGUGACGAGUUCCCGAAGGAGUUAGAGUCCUCUGUGUUCUUCUCGGCCGACUUCUUCAGACCCCCCGACAGGAAAGAGGGCCCCACGGUGAGGCCGGCCGGCCGGAAGGCCGCCCCGCAGACGGCGCCCCUGGGGCCCGGAACCGAGAGGGAGGCCCCGUUCAGGAGGCGCAAGAGGCACCCCGAUGAGCCGGGCCGGUUCGCCGUCGCCCUGGUCAUCAUCUACCGGACCCUGGGGCAGCUCCUGCCCGAGCACUAUGACCCUGACCGCCGCAGCCUCCGGUUGCCUAACCGGCCGGUCAUUAACACACCAGUGGUGAGCGCCGUGGUUUACAGCGAGGGGGCCCCGCUCCCCAGCCCCCUGGAGAGGCCCGUCCUGGUGGAGCACACCCUGCUGGAGACCGAGGAGCGCACCAAGCCCGUCUGUGUGUUCUGGAACCACUCCAUCACCAUCGGCGGGACUGGAGGGUGGUCGGCCAAGGGCUGCGAACUUCUGUCCCGGAACCGGACCCACGUCAUCUGCCAGUGCAGUCACACCACCAGCUUUGCCGUGCUCAUGGAUGUCUCCAGACGAGAGCACGGGGAGGUCCUGCCCCUGAAGAUCGUCACCUACGCUGCCGUGUCCUUGUCCCUGACCGCCCUGCUGGUGGCCUUCGUCCUCCUCACGCUGGUGCGGACUCUGCGCUCCAACCUGCAUGGCAUUCACAGGAACCUCAUCGGAGCCUUGUUCUUCUCCCAGCUGGUCUUCGUGAUCGGGAUCACCCAGACCGGAAACCCGUUUCUGUGCACGGUGAUCGCCAUCGUCCUGCACUACGUCUACAUGAGUACCUUCGCCUGGACCUUUGUGGAGAGCCUGCACGUGUACCACAUGCUGACCGAGGUGCGCAACAUCGACGCCGGGCCCAUGAGGUUCUACUACGUCGUGGGCUGGGGCAUCCCGGCCAUCAUCACAGGACUCGCGGUGGGCCUGGACCCCCAGGGCUAUGGAAACCCCGACUUCUGCUGGCUGUCCCUUCGAGACACCCUCAUCUGGAGCUUUGCCGGGCCCAUCGGAACGGUUAUAAUUGUCAACACAGUCAUUUUUGUCCUGUCUGCAAAGGUGGCCUGCCAGAGAAAGCACCAUUAUUACGAAAGGAAAGGAGUCGUCUCCCUGCUGCGCACCGCCUUCCUCCUGCUGCUGCUCACCAGCGCCACCUGGCUGCUGGGGCUGCUGGCCGUGAACAGCGACGCGCUGACCUUCCACUACCUGUUCGCCGUCUUCAGCUGCUUGCAGGGUCUCUUCGUCCUCCUGUUCCACUGCGUGCUCAACAGGGAGGUCCGGAAGCACCUGAAGGGAGUCCUCGCCGGGAAGAAGCUGCACCCGGAUGACUCGGCCACCACGAGGGCCACCCUACUGACGCGCUCCCUCAACUGCAACCACACCUACAGCGAGGAGCCCAACAUGUUCCGCACGGCCCUGGGCGAAUCCACAGCCUCGCUGGACAGCACCAUCAGGGACGAAGGGGGCCAGAAGCUCAGCGUGUCCUCUGGGCCAGCGCGGGGUGGCCAUGGGGAGCCAGAUUCGUCCUUUGUCCCCAGGAGCACCAAGAAGCCCCACGGCCACGAUUCAGACUCGGAUAGCGAGCUGUCCCUAGAUGAGCAAAGCAGCUCUUACGCCUCCUCACGCUCAUCGGACAGCGAGGACGAUGGGGUGGAGGCCGAGGACAAGUGGGAUUCGGCUCGGGGCCCUGUCCACAGCACUCCCAAAGCGGACACUGCAGCCAACCACAUCCCCGCCGGCUGGCCCAACGAGAGCCUGGCUGGGAGCGACAGUGAGGAGCCUGGUGACAAGCCGCGCCUGAAGGUGGAGACCAAGGUCAGCGUGGAACUGCACCUGGAUGAGCAGGGCAACCACUGCAGCGAGUGCCCCCCAGACCAGGAGAGCGGGGGCCCGCCGAGGCCUGCGGGAGUGCCCCCCAACCCGCCCCCUGAGCAGAGAAAAGGCAUCUUGAAAAACAAAGUCACUUACCCGCCGCCGCUGACCGAGAAGAGCCUGAAGUCCCGGCUCCGGGAGAAGCUGGCCGAGUGCGAGCAGAGCCCCGCGCCAUCGCGUUCGUCCUCCCUGGGCUCGAGCGACGGGGCCCGCGCCCCCGACGGCGCCAUCACCGUCAAGAGCCCGCGCCGGGAGCCGGGGCGCGAGCACCUCAACGGGGUGGCCAUGAACGUGCGGGCCGGGAGCGCCCAGGGCGCCGGCUCCGACUCCGAAGGCAGCAACGAAACCUCAAUCUGAACCAUCAGGAAAGCGGGACACGAGCCCAGCGCCUCCGUCCAGGCCCCUGUGCUGCGUCAAGACACCCUUGGACCUUGGAGCCCAAGGGACCACGGCCUUUCCAGGGAAGCAGGCCCUGGCGGUGGGGGUCCCUGUGGCAGCAGCCCCCUGGCUGGUGUGACGGACGGUCUGGACACAAAGCUCUGGGCUGCCCCCAGGGGCUCGGGGCUCAGGGCCCAGCUGACCCCUGACAAGUGCCAAAGGCCACAGGCACAAGGAGGCGUGGACUCCCGGAGGCUGGCACAGCUUGAUCCAGACCCAGAGCCGAAGCCGUGCGCCCGCGAGCCAGGAGAGGGCCCAGGCAAGAGCUGGCCUCGAGGGAGAGGAGCUGCCUGGCCUGGCUGGCUCUUUGCAAAGACACCCCUCGUCUUAAAAGCAAAGGACUUUGCUUCGUUGAAAAGGUGUAGAUGCUUCUGUAUAUUUGUAUGGAACUCUGAGAAGGCGAAAGCCUGUGUAUAUUUUGCAUUUGUACAGAUUGAUACGGAGAGAUCUGCAGAACGACCGCUAUUUUUUUUACACAAGGGAGAUUGUACGGUUGUACUUGAAUCUGGCACGCAUCGAUGCAGCUGGUGUCCCAGCCGAUCGGAGGUGGGAAGUGCGUCGGGAGUGAGGUUGUCUUUAAACAGAGGCUCCUGCUGCUGCUUUCGGCCAGUACACAAGGACUGUGGGCAUUACACGCAGCUGCCUGAAUUCACACACGUUUGCUUUCGAGACCUUUGCCAUCAGCUCCCAGCUGCCUCGACGGUGGUGGAUCCGAGACAGAGGCAGGGUGGGACUCCUGCAGGUGCCCCACGGCUGCCCCCCACCCCCGGUGCCCACACCGGGCCCGCUCUGGGCCCUGCAGGCCUCCCUGGCCCCCUUCCCAGGCCAUGUGGUCCUGCAGGUGGGGACUUCUGUUCCGCUGCUCCUGUCCCCAGUGGGAGGGACCUCGGUGUUCACACGUUCCCGAUUCAGACGGAGGUGUGAGGUCUUCCAGGAGGCCACGUUCCUUCCUGCCAAUUCUCCAGCUCUUUCAGACUCUGAGGAUCUGCGGGAGGGCUGGGGCCCCACCCCCGAGUCCGACCAAUUGCUUCAUUUUGCUUCAAAUGGCCAAUUGUGCACAGGGACAAAGCCGCAGCCACACUUGUCAAUGGUUACCAGGCUGUUUUUUGGAAGCUCAUACCGAGGAUCGGCUGGGGCCGUCCCACUGUGGGCAGUUGGCACAGUGCGGCCCAAGGGCUGUGGAACUGGGCCCAGAAUCACUCAGACACGUUUCAUUCGUUUUCUUUGUUCUUUGAAUCAGGCGCCCAAAUAAAUUACUAGCACAGCUGCUUCCAAAUACGAGAAACCAUAAGAUAUGCUAACAUCAGGUGACUUCCACGGCGCAGUAUUCUGACGGAAAGGAGGGCGCUGCUCGCGACACCAGGGACCGCGUACGGGAGACCAGUCUAAGGCCACGCACUUCACACCCAAGGGCAACAGCCCCCACGGUCCACAGGCUGGAAUGAAUGAUGUGCCUUAACAGGUGAGUGGCCUUUUGAAGACGGAAGAUGAUAGCAUCAGUAAGUGUUUACCACCGACGAGACGCUUCCUACGUAAAGGACGUUUUGACAUUCGCGAGUCUGAACACCCACCUUCACACCAUCACGGCCUCUUCUGCGACUCGGGCCCUUUCAGGUGGCUUUUGAUUUGAUCAGAAUUGUUACCAAAAACCAAUGGUCAAGUUUUAUUAAGACAGGAAAAACUGUAAACCUAUUUUUGUGACUUAAGACUUUAUAAGAGAUGAGACACUGGAGAUUUUUUUAACAAAUGUCUAUUUAUUGUUCAGAACACUGGAAUCGCAACAAGAGUCUGCAAUAAAUUAAGAUUUUUGAACAUGU